AGUGCCCACCUGGCGGUGAUGGAUGCCCUGAUGUCGGUGGGCGCCAUGGAGACGGUGAACGCAGUGAGGAUGUCCGGUGCGGCGGCGGGGGAGGAGCUUCUGGGUGGAGUGGGAGGAGCUAGCUGGGAGGACACCCUGCUCCACUGGGUGAACGGGGUAAGGACACGGACAGGGAGGACUCACUCUCUGUAUGGAUCUGUCUCUGUCUGUGUCUCUCUGUCUGGAUCUGUCUCUGUCUGUGUCUCUCUGUCUGGAUCUGUCUCUGUCUGUGUCUCUGUCUGGAUCUGUCUCUGUCUGUGUCUCUCUGUCUGGAUCUGUCUCUGUCUGUGUCUCUCUGUCUGGAUCUGUCUCUGUCUGUGUCUCUCUGUCUGGAUCUGUCUCUGUCUGUGUCUCUCUGUCUGGAUCUGUCUCUGUCUGUGUCUCUCUGUCUGGAUCUGUCUCUGUCUGUGUCUCUCUGUCUGGAUCUGUCUCUGUCUGUGUCUCUCUGUCUGGAUCUGUCUCUGUCUGUGUCUCUCUGUCUGGAUCUGUCUCUGUCUGUGUCUCUCUGUCUGGAUCUGUCUCUGUCUGUGUCUCUCUCGGUCUCUCUCUGUCGCUGAGUCAUGAUUUCAUAACCAAAUGUAUAUGUGAGUACAUAAUAUACAUACUUAUAACAUAUGGCUUUCCACCACCCCAUUUCAACCCCCAGUUGAAUCAGAGGCUGCGAGAGCAAACAGAGGGUGCACAGGGUGACCCAUCUCAGGACAGCACAGAGCCACAGCCUGUCCAGCCUUCAGUAAGUAUUACACUACACAGUGUCUGUCCAGAAUGGCACCCUAUUCCCUAUAUAGUGCAUCUAUAUAGAGCCCUAUGGGCCAUUUAGUGCCAUUUAGGAUGCAUACAGUAUUUAUGUCAACAGCUCUCACAUUACACAACACAUUGUGGAUCUCAUGGAUUACAUAUAAUUAAAACAUUCUGACGUAAACAUUUCCUGUGAACAAGCAUGUUAUAUACAGUGUGUGCAUGUAAGAUAUUUAAACUUUGUCUUGACAGAUACAUUGGUAGGGUUGGGUUAAAUGCAUUCAGUUGUACAACUGACUAGGUAUCCCCCAUUCCCUUCCCUUUGUACAUGCAAUCUCCCUAGUACCCUGGUGCUUGUACAGGUAACUACCAAAAUAAAGGAAACACAGCGUUGAGCCGCCAAAACAGCUUCAAUGCGCCUUGGCAUAGAUCCUAGAAGUUUGGAGGGAGGCGACACCAUUCUUCCACAAGAAAUUCCAUAAUUUGGUGUUUUGUUGAUGCUGGUGGAAAACGCUGUCUCAGGCACCGCUCCAGAAUCUCCCAUAAGUGUUCAAUUGGGUUGAGAUCUGGUGACUGAGACACACCCUUUAAAUCCCAUAUGCUCCUUUGAGACCCCUCUUUCAAAGUCACUGCGAUAUCUUCUAGCCAUGAUAGCCAAAAUAAUGGGCAACCGGGCAUUUUUAUACAUGACCCUAAGCAUGAUGGGAUGUUUUAAUUGCUUUAUCCCUCAUUUACUCAAGUGUUUCCUUUAUUUUGGCAGUUACCAGUAUCUUAACAUAACGUUUACUGGUUGUAUAAUUUUUAGGCGAUAUAUACCCUUUUCAAAACUGUAUUUUUCCUCUUAGCUAUCCUUCUAAAGUAGCCUUAAUACCGACAGUAUCCUCUCCUCCUGUCUUCUCCUUUCCCACUUUCCUCUCUUUCUCUGUCCUCCUUUCCUUCCUUCCCUCCUUCCUCCUCUCUGACAGUGUCCCACUCGCUGGUACUGGAAACUUGUCCCUGUAAGUUCCUCCUCUUUCUUCUCCUCCUCUGUUGCAUCAUCCCUUCCUUAUCUUUCUCUCCAUCCUUCUCUGCAUCUUCAUAUUCUCUCUCUUAUUAGAUUUUCAAAUUAAAGGUCUGUUCUGUUUUUCUCGCUCUUCCUCUCCCCCUGUUGGUACAAUAUAAGAAUGCAGACAUACUGCUGCUCUGCUCUGCACUCGGACUAUACGCUGUACAUUUCCUUGGGCUGAUGUCACAAGAGGGGUAGGGUAUUGUUGGACGUAAAUCACAUGUAAUCCACUCAGGAAUCUAGAAAUGUACUAGAAACCAGUCCCUCUAGUCGGCUCUGUCUUAAAAAGGACCUUGUGUGAGGGAGGUUUUAGUUUCUAGCCACUAGCCAGUCAUUGUCUUGAGUCCCAAAUGGCACCGUAUUCCCUAUUUGUUGGAUUACCUUUAGCCAGGGCCCAUAGAUUAAGAAGUAAUGAGUUUGAGGUGUAGGCCUUUUAUGUGAGGUGAAACAGCCUACAUUAUGAACAGUGCAGAUAUAACAAGUAGAUCUGACAUAGAUUCCCAAUUCUAACAUGGCGUAUAAUCAUAGCUGUUUUACAUGAUACGUUUUUAUCUGAUUUGGGACUGUUGUGUAACAUUACACUCUCCUGAACAGACCCCAGGUAUUACAGUCUGCUGAUAGUGUUGACACUGUGCUGGCUGUGUUCAGUUCAGUCGUUGUCUAAAACCUGAAUAGUCUCAACCUGAAUAGUCUCACCUGCGUAAGGUUGGGUUAAAUAUCCUCCUCCGAUGAGACUCUCUCUCCUGGCCUACUUUCCACUGACAAAGCCCUCGCUGUCUCUGGACUCAUUCUAUGGUUACGUCCAAAAUGGCACCCUAUUCCCUUUGAACAGAGCCCUAGUCGAGAGUCGUGCACUAGAUAGGGAGUAGGGUGCCAUUUGGGACACAGCCAUUCUCUCUCUCUCCCUAUGGCUUCUGCUGACUGGUUGGCUGCACCUUUCUCUUCACUUCCAUGGCAUGUUAUCUGUUCUCUCUCUCUCUCCACCUCCACCCCUUGAUUCUGUCUUUUCUCUAGGAGCACGUUGUUGGUCACGUUAUCCUCCAGCCUGAUGGGUGUUGUUUGUAUGGAUGUCUGUAUGUACUGUUUGUGCUGUAUGUCCACCUGUGUUUUUGAAGAACAUUGGCCUUGAACGAGCUCUCCAAAUGCAAACAUCAAAGGUAUUGCAUUGAACUGUAAAGCCUGGACAUCUCCCCAACUCUCCCAUACACAAGGGAAGGAAGCUGAGAGAGAGCGGAGAGAGAGCAGAGAGAGAGAGAGAGAGCGAGAGAGAGAGAGCGGAGAGAGAGAGAGAGAGAGCGCGAUGGAGAGAGAGAGAGGAGAGAGCGAGAGAGAGAGGAGAGAGAGAGAGGAGCGAGAGAGGAGAGAGGUAGAGAGAGAGAGAGAGAGAGCGCGAGAGUAGAGCGAGAGAGAGAGAGCGACGAGAGGAGAAGAGAAGAGAGAAGAGAGAGAGAGAGAGAGCGCAGAGAGAGCGAAGCGAGAGAGAGAAGAGAGAGAGAAGAGAGAGAUAUCGUCGACCCCCACCCCCCCUAGCCUCUCUUCUCCCUCCCUCCUCCCUCUCUCUCUCUCCCUCUUUCUCUCUCUCUCUCUCUCUCACUCCUCCUCUCCCCCCCCCCCCCCUCUUUCUUACCCCUUCUAAGAUCCGCUACAGAAAGGACAAGACACUUUCUAAACAGAAGCCUACGUUUCCGGUGGUGACUGAAGUCAAAGACCUCUCCAAUGGUUGUGCCAUCGCUUCUGUUAUACACUACUAUUGCCCCGGCCUGUUGCGACUAGAGGGUAAAACCACAUGAUAAAAAAUUUACAUGACAGUAUUUGAUAUGCAAAUACAAAUUAAAAACAGUGGACUAGUUGUCGAAUAUAAUGUAGUUCAUGCCUGGGGGUUUGUCUAAAAAGCCUAGCUUACUAUGUCACACAAGGUUCCAUUUAGGUUUAAACCACACUUUCUUUAAUACAGUAACAUAUUGUAUUACUGUGUGCAGUGUGUCAUUCCACUUCCUGUACUACCUGCUCAUUGUCCUGUGUUAGAUGUUUAUAUGAAAUACUCCAUGGCCUGACUACCUGCUCAUUGUACCAUUCCUGUGUUAAAUGGGUGCCACAAUAUGGCUUCCCUCUGCUCUAGCCUCCAACCUGUAUGUGUGACUUUCGGAAGGGUUGGGAUAAAGCGGACCGCCGUGUAUUUUUGGACAAUAAAGUCCUUGUUUUCUUCUUCAGACGUGUGUAUGAAGGAGUCCGUGGCGGUGGCAGACAGCCUGUACAACCUGCAGCUGAUCCGAGAGUUCUGUGACAGCUGUCUGAAGAGCUGCUGUCCCCUGGUGUUGGAGGACCUGCUCUACACCCCACUGGAGCUCCAGGUACUACAUCCACACCUCACUAUGGGGCCCAUAUAGCCACAUCUACAUUUACAUUUACAUUUUAGUCAUUUAGCAGACGCUCUUAUCCAGAGCGACUUACAGGAGCAAUUAGGGUUAAGGGCCUUGCUCAAGGGCACAUCGACAGAUUUUUCACCUAGUCGGCUCUACAACAACCCUUUUCCCGGAGAGCUACCCUCCUGUAGGUUUUUGCUCCAACCCCUGUUGUAACUAACCUGAUUCAUUUAGCUUAUUAUUAGGUGUGCUAGACUAGGGUUGGAGUAAAAACCAACAGGAGGGUAGCGCUCCAGAAACAGGGUUGGAGAGCCCUGAUCUACACAGUGUCUUGCCCUCAGAGCCAUUUAUUUAGAAAUAUAUGGCUCUGCCUAGACUGUCUUAUACAGAGAGUGUUUGACCAACUGGAGCUGGAUGCCGUACAUGUAAUAGAACUAGUAGAGCAUGAAACUUUAUUGAUACCCAGGAAUGAUUUGUUAUGGAGAUCGAAACAGCAUUACAUGGGUCCUUUAACUGUUUCUCUGGUAUGUUCAGGUCAACAUGAUGAGUUUCCUAGCAGAGCUGCUGUGUUGGUUUGAGGUACGGAGGCCAGAGUUUGUUCAGCCACUGAACACCACUGGUAAGUGUUUGUGCCGGGCCCUGUUCAGGAGGAUGCAAUGUUACAAAACUCACAUAGAAAUGUGUCCUAUAGAACAAAUAUGAUGGUUUGUCAAGUAGAAUAAGGAAUUAUGUCAGCUCUAGUUAUUACAUUUAUAUCUGCAAUACACCCCUGGGCCUAUAUUCAUAUAGCGACUCCGAGCAGGAGUGCUGAUCUAGGAUCAGGUCUUCCCUGUCCAUAUAAUCUUAUUCAUUGUGAUCUAAAAGGCUAAACUGAUCCUAAAUCAGUACUCCUACAUUUCAGAUGCUUGAUACAUUCAAGUCCUAGUCUGAUAUGUGAUUCCUGUGUAGGCCUAAAUGGCAGUAUCGAUGUUUGACUCAUGAGACUGUUUAUUUUAUUCCAGAUGCUUCUGCACCGAUCAAGCCAACCAGUUUGAGCAAUAACAGGUACAGCAGCUCUGAUCUGUUAUAGAAAAUAAAAAGUGAUCUAUUUCAGGAAUGGUAUCUUUUGAGUGAAAGUUUUUUUAUUGUGAGAGCUCUGGUGAGUGAGAGUAGAUUUCCAAUGUACAGUAUUUAUUACAUAUGGCAAAUCAACUUAAACUUGAAACUUGAUCUUGAAACAAAAUGUUUGUCUGUAUUUCAGCGGCUCUCCAUCCAUCUUCAAGAAGCCGUUCCUGCCCAUCUCCUCGCCAGUGUCGCCAGGGCCUGUGCCAGGUGAGAGCAGGGCGACGUCAUCCCAUCAUUUACGUCUGUCCCACUUCUGUUCUCUGGGUUCAAAUAGUAUUUGUUUUAUUUACAACACUGUAGCUGUGCUUGAUUGAUUGACACAAUGAAAGCAAUGGAAAGAAAUGGAAUAGUCCCAAAAGUGCAAACCCUGUUAAUCUGAGACUCCAGGCAGGCAUGCUCAAUCAAAUGCUCCUCAAAGUAUUUGAGGGAAAACAGAUACUUGAGUUUGCACCCAGGUCUAGUGAGGAUGCCAUUGCAUCUUUUAUAACUGUGUUGUCCGCGUUUGUUUACCAGUGGGUCCAUGUAAAGGUUUUUCUGUCUGUCUGUUAAUCUGUGUGUUUGUGCAUCUUUGUAUGCCCUGACUUGUGUCUUUUGUGGUGUCUGUCUGUCUCUGUCUGUCUGUGUUGAUUACUGUGUGAAUGUGUGCAGGGUCUCUGACUCAGUCUGCCUCCAUGUCUCAUGUAGAGGGAGCUGGGAGAACAUGGACCAAGAAGCCUUUCAGGUAGGCCCCAUCUGUCUCUCUGUCUGUCUCUUCGUGUGUGUUGUUAGCUCCAUAUUUCAGUUGUAUCUCAAUACAAAGUUUGGAGUAAAUUCUAUUUCAAUUAAGUCAUUCAGCAAGUAAACUCUCUCACUGUCUCCCUCCGUCUCCAUCUAUCUCUGUCCGUCUCUCUGUCUCCGUCCAGUCGUCCCCUGUCCUCGGCCGUGUCCUUUAGCAUUCCCUUCGGCAUGGACAGCGACGUGGACAUCGUGAUGGGAGGCGCCAUCACCCGCUCGGUCAGCUCUGACAACGUGGCCCCCGGCCAGACCAUGACCCGCGUGCCCUACACCCCCCCAGAGGACCUUAGUCACCUGCUUAGCAAGCCCCCCGCCACCCCCGGCUCCCACAGACCAUCCUGGGCCACCCAGAGCUCCUCCGUGGUGCCCAUGCUGCUGAAGGAGAACGGCCUGGGAGAGGGAGAGGGAGAGGGGGAGGGGGAGCUGCCCACCAUCGAGGAGGCCCUGCAGAUCAUCCACAACGAGGGCAAGAUGGAACCCCGGCUGCACCCCGACGGGGCAGCCGACGGAUUCUUCCUGCAUUCGCCCGAUGACCCGGCCAGCGCCAGACACAAUGGCCGCGCCCCUCACCCCUCCCACCCGCUUAACCCCGUACCCCUCAGCUGCUCCGCCCCGUCCCGCUCUGGGAUGAUGUACCACCCCCAUCUCCCCAUGGGGGGCAAAAUGCAGACACCCAAGGAGCAGCCCUCCUCUACCCCCUCCUCCCGCACCCGACACACCUCAGAGGGCUCGCGGGACGACGACUCGGUGCUGAGGGACGGGAGCGUGGACUCUGACGCCUCUGAGGACCUCCUCCUCCUCCCCAAUGCCCAGUCCACCCCUGCCACGCCUGAUGUCCACACCAGAGGCCGAGGAGGGGGGGACGACGCCCAGGACAGCGGCGUGAGGAUGACCAGCUUUGCUGAGCGCAAGAAGAAACCGUCGACAGUGGGCGAAUCCACUAAAAGUGACGGCGCCAGCAGCAGCGAACCUGUCGCCCCGGCAGCGACGGCGUCGAUGACCAGCUGGGCGGCCCAGCCACAGAAGUCGACGGAGGAGAGCCCCAGUAAGAGCCCUGGACUGACCACCGAGAUGUCCGAGCUGGGAGCCCGGCUGGAGGAGAAGAGGAAGGCCAUCGAGGCCCAGAAGAAACGUAUUGAGGCCAUCUUCGCUAAGCACCGCCAGAGACUGGGCAAGAGCGCCUUCCUGCAGCUGAAGAAGGAGCAGGGGGAGGGAGAGGAGGAGGAGGGCCAGGUUAGCGCCUCCUCCACAGAGGAGGACCUCAGGGGGCUGACGCUAGAGGAAAGGCUGGCUCACAUGGAGGACGAGGAGCAGCAGGAGGCGCAGCAGCAGGAGAAACGGCGCCCCUCAGUGGAGCAGGAGGGGAACGUCAAACCUUCAACAUACCUGGACAACAAGCAGGCCUCCUUACCCAAGGACAGGGCAGGUAGAGAAGGUGUGCAGGGAGAGAAGGGUGCAGGGGCGGCCGGGUCAGGAGGACAGAAGGCCGGGGUGGUAGUGCAUCAGCCAGCGCCCUUGGGGGACUACAACAACGCUGUAUCAAAGCUGAACGCGGCGCUAAGCUCUCUGCAGAGCGACAUGCAGCGCCUCUCAGAACAACAGAAACCAACUCAUCAGGAAGAAGCCCGCCACUCCCGCCGGCAACAAGUCCUGGGUGAUCCCGCCCAGUCUCAAAUCCUCAGCAUCUCCCCCGACCCGCAUGUCCCGCGCGUCCACCCCUCGCAACCUUGCCUCCGCCUCCUCUUCCCACCUCGUCAUCCCGCCGCAACGCCGCCAGUCCCGCCAGAACACCCAAGUCGCCUCAGGUCCAUCGCCGGGCCCAGUCGGUGCCUCCCAAGAGCCCCAAGCACCAGGCCACCCACUACCACCACGCCCGCCCCCAGGAUCUCAAAGUGCCGGGCCUGUCGCGCGUGCUCACCCCCCCGCAGAACGUGGACACUAUCCCCCACCUGCGCCGCGCCUCCCCCUGGCAGUGCAGAGACCAGAACUCCUCCACCUUCAACAUCAGCUCUGCCCCCAGCCCUGCCUCCACCCCAACCCACAUCCCCUCCCCAACCCCCACCCCCCGGGCGCUGUCGCUGGCCCUGGAUGACAACAUGUCAGAUGCCGGCUCGAACGAGGACCAGAGCAUCUUCAGCAUGGACCUGGAUGCCGCCACAUCUCAGGCCUCGGGGAGAAAGGAGCGUGGGGGUGGUGGGAGCUCGGGGGCGCCCUCGGAGUGCUCGUUUGAAAGUGACGUUCCGGCAGCGGGGGUGUUUAAUGGCAAGCGCAGCAGCCUGAUCGAGAUUUCUCUAUCGGCCUUGGACAGGGACGGGGACGACCUGAGUGUCAUGGACGACUCCAUGAGCGACGUGACCGAACCUGAGAUGAAGGGAGGGGUCGGCUUCUUCUUUAAGGUUAGUCGACUGUGUGCGUUUGUCUGUCUGUGUCUGUCUGUCUGAGUAUGAGGUUAAGCCUGACUAAUCCUGUAUCUGUGUGCGUGUGUCCGUCAUCAGGAUGACAAGGUGCGGCCGGAGGACGAGAUGGCCCAGAGGAAAGCAGCCCUGAUGCAGAAACAGCAGAAGAGGGCGGAGGAGAUGAAGAGACGCAGGCUGGAGCAGGAGGAGAAGAAGGAGAAGGAGCAUGCGAUGUGCGUUGCGUUUUCAAUCCACUUACAGUACUGUGUUGUCCAACAGCCGACUCUGAAUAAACUAAUGGAGCUGCUUAUGUUUCUUGUUGUUGUAUAAUAAUGUGAUUGAUUUGAAUAAUUUGAAUAAUUCAUUGAUUUGAUUGAUUCAUUGGUUAACCCCCCCCUCCUCCCCUCUCUCUAUACCUAUAGCCGACCCGAGUGGUUUAACAUCGAGGGCUGGGGAGACAAGAGUGGUGGUGGUGGUGGUGGUGAGGACCGGCUCCGGCCCCCCGGUACCCCCCCUUCAGAUAGCACGACCCAGCGGAGAGACACCUUCACCAGGCAGGAGUACGAGCGGAGGCAGCAGCUGAAGAUCAUGGAGGAUCUGGACAAGGUGUUGCGGCAGAAGCCCACCACGGUGCGCGGCGUGAAGAAGCAGAGACCCAAGACCAUGUUCCGGGACGACUCAGUGCUUUCCCGCAGCCCCGCCAAGGGAUUCAUGGGUAAAUAUAAACUCCACCCCCAUCUCUCCCAUCGCUGAGUCUGGGGGCGUUCCAGGUCGGGUUUCAUUUGCAGUUGUGCUGCGUAUCUCAGAAGAUUGCUAUGUCAUAUUAAUGUGCUUUUCUCUGUGUGUUUGUUUCUCUCUCUCUAGGCUCCAAACUCAACAAGGUAUAUUCCCACUCUACCAUGAACCUGUCCUCAAUGGCUAACGACACUGGCAACAGCGGGACGCUGACCGUCAGGAAAUCUCCCAGGUAACUGUCAACAAUAACGAGCUGUAUUUUACCGCACAGGUAGCUAUGGUUAACCGUAAUGAGUUGUAUUUCCCAUGCAUAGAGACCUGCAGCUACUGAAUGAAUCAUCAAAUACAGCUGCCUGACUAUGCCCCCCUUCCGUCCUUAUUAUUGGCCUAUUUUUAAAACAAAUGUGUGAUUCAAUGUCUGUCUAUGCUUUCCUUACAGCCGAUCUCACUCCCCCUCGAGGCUGAUGUCACCAGGACGAAUGGCCAAUCAGAACGGAGAGAAGGACUGGGAGAACGCCUCCACGGCCUCGUCUCCCGCCUCCAUCCCAGAAUACACCGGUACGUUUACCUUUAACCCUACGUUACAGCUCACUGUUAACCAUCACUCUGGGUCCAUGACUGUGACAUCAUCUCUAGGUCCCUCUUGUUCCAAUAAUAUCCACACUAGCAUUCAUCAAUAAUCUCACUUAACCCAGAACUAAAGUAUUGUGUAAUUUGUCAGAUGCUCGAUUUAAGUUCUAGGUCCGUACGAGAAGAGCUAGAAUGAGAACUGGAACGAAGAGCUCCACCCUCUCUCUUUGCAAGUUACGGGCCCCAUGUCCCCUAUCUGUCCGAAUUUCGUAAGAUGCUAAGACCUGCAAAAUGGGGAUUUGUCCAAAGCACUGGAACUAAUGCUGCUCGUUGUCUCACGCAUCCCGUUGUAUCAUUACAGAUCUACGAUACUAUUUAUGUUUACGUAGUCUGUCCAAGUGGAAUGCUAGUGUGGAUAUUGAAACAGAGCCUAUACUGAGAAUACGAUGUCAUCAUAAGUAUCUGUUUGAACCAAUCCACCACAUGUUAACAGAAAGUCUGUAUGGGAACGUACUUGGUCAUUGAUCUAUGGCAUGUGAUUUGUGUUGAUUUGUGAUAUUUGUGUUGGCUUCCAGGGCCCAAGCUGUACAAGGAGCCCAGCUUCAAGUCCAACAAGUUCAUCAUCCACAACGCUAUCUCCCGCUGCUGCCUUGCCGGCAAGGUCAACGAACCGCAGAAAAACAAGAUUGUAGAGGUCAGAACUCUUUAAAUCAACAACUCGCCUUAGAUCCUUUUAAAUCAAUGUGUGCAUCCCACGGGGGACCAGUAUGAAAAAAAAAAAAAUGUAUGCACUAACUGUUAGUCGCUCUGAAAAUGACUUAAAUGUAAAUGGCACCACCAUAUUCCAUUAUAGUGCACUACAAAGGGAAUAGGGUGCCAUUUGAGAUGCAAACAACAACCCCGUUAGAGCCCUUUAAAUCAACAACCUUGCUAACCCCCUCUCCGCUCCACUGGCUGGUUAGGCUGGACUGGCUGUCACAGUCUACCUGGUUGGAGGCUCCCCACUGCCACUGUUCAUAUCCCGUUCACCUCUCUCUCUCGCACUCGCUAUCUCUCUCUUUCUAUUUCUCUCUCGGUCUCUCAAUCUCUCUUUCUAUUUCUCUCUCUCUGUCUCUCUCUCGCUUUGUCACUCUCUCUCUCUCAAUUCACUUAAAUUCAAAGGGCUUUAUUGGCAUGGGAAACAUACGUUUACAUUGCCAAAGCUCACUCACUCACGAUUUGUAUUGAAUUGUGUCAUUGUUAAAGCGUUUUUAACAUUGUUUUACCUCCCCCUCUCCUUCUAUGGUUCAGGAGAUGGAGAAGUGCCAGGCCAACCACUUCCUCAUCCUCUUCCGUGACUCCAGUUGUCAGUUCCGGGCCGUCUACACCAUGGACCUAGAGACCGAGGAGAUGGUGCGCCUCACGGGCAUUGGGCCACGCGUCAUCAGCCCCGCCAUGGUGGAGUCCAUCUACAAGUAUAGCUCGGACCGCAAACAAUUCACCACCAUCCCGUCCAAGACCAUGUCUAUGAGCGUCGAUGCCUUCACCAUCCCCGGGCACCUGUGGCAGAGCAAACGCCCGGGCACCCCCAAGAAGUUGGGGACCCCCAAAUAA